CCCCCGGCUCUAUAAAACGCCUCCCACACCUUCAGGGCUUCAUUGCAAGGGACCAAGGUUGGGCCUGCCUCACCCUCACAUCCAACGGGAGACAGACAUACACACAGACACACACACUCCACUCGCCAUGACCAGCAGCGACCUGACCGAGCUGGAGAAAGCCAUCGAAAAAGUCGUCGACAUCUUUUUCAAGUGCGCCGCGCAGGAAGGGAACAAAAGCACCCUUACUAUCAGCGAGUUUAAAGAGCUGGUCAACCACCAGCUGCCCAACCUUAUGAAGAACGUCGAAAACCUGGACGAGAAGAUGAGAAGCUUGGACGUCAACAACGACCAGGAGCUGAAAUUCGGAGAAUACUGGCGGCUGAUUGGCGAACUGGCCAAGGAGAUCAAGAAAGAGAAAGCGGGGAAGAAGAAGUGACCGAGUGGCGGAGGGUGGAUUUGCGCCUCGGGGUGAAACGAGCGGGAAUCGCCAGUCGCGUGUCGGCAAGAGGACGUCAAGAGUCACCGAACCUCUCGCAGCUUUUUAACGUUCAAAUAAAUCAAAUAAAAUUCCAGGA